GUCACAGCCAAUCACAACCCAGAUCUCUUCCCACACUUCGCUGGGUCAAGUAGGGGGAGCAGACCUCUAAACUAGGUGUGCAGUUGUCGACAUAUAGCUUUCUAAGAUGUUUCCUUCCCUUUCCUCUCUCCUCAGGACGAUGUUGUGGUGUCUUGUCCUUCUGGGAGUCCUGAGAACGACACAAGGAGCAUGUGGGGGACAGAUCUCCACACGCACCAGCACGUCCUUCAACAGCCUGGACUACCCCCAGCCCUACGGUACUAACGAGGACUGCAUGUGGACGCUGUCUGUGUUCGGCUCGUCCGUCGCCAUUCAGCUGAGCUUUGAGGAGAUCGACAUCGACCCGUACCCCUCUCACAGCACCACCCCGGGCUCCUGCACCAGGCACUACCUGGAGAUAUACGAGGGCAACCCUACAUCCGGGACAAAGUUGGGAACGUACUGCGGUAACAUCCUGCCCCCCAUCAUCAUCGGCAACAGCAACACAAUGACGGUAAAGUUCAUCACGACCGGAGCUUCUAACAGCAGAUACAGGGGCUUUCUGGCGACGUUUUCAUCGAUUUCGCUAAGCUCUGGCCCUAACUCGGGAUGCAACAACCUUCGGCAACUCUCGACUCCGAGCGGCUCGAUCGCCUCCAUCAACUACCCAGACGACUACAGCAGCGGUACACAGUGUGAAUGGGAGAUCACGGUGGCAGCAAACAAACACGUGGAACUGAACGUACUGAACUUUCUAGUGGGGGGACAAACAGCCACUUGUGUGAACGAGACCAAAGACUAUCUGUCCGUGUACGAAGGCAUUGGCGUCAACAGGAAACGUUUGGGAGUUUACUGCGGAUGGGAGCCACCCACAGUGAGAGCCUACUCCAACCGAAUGUUUGUAAAAUUCGUGUCAGACGACUUUGUCAACGCAAAGGGCUUCUGUGCGACGUACCGUUCAGUAGAUUUGCCGACGACUAUCCCUCCAGCGGUGCGUACAACAGACCCUUUGGGGGCCACCGGUACCGUGUUACCAGUAGGGUCAUCAAACCGCAUACAUGUCACGGCCAGCGUUGUUGUUUCAUCCUUCCUCCUCGUCAUCGCAAAUACUUUCCUCAUCACGCGAUAACAGUAAACCAGACAAACCUGUAGUUUUAGCGUCAAACUCUCCGUAAUUUUUGUUGUUUUGCUUGUAAAAAAUAAUGGGAUAUUUUAACAACAAAAGCUGAGAUAAAAUAUUAUAGCUUAGACCACCAUAAUGUUGUACUCUUAUUAACACAGAGUUAAUGUACAGAGUUAGGAAACCUACCCUUUGUGCUUGUUUCGAAUGAGAGAUUAUGAGAGCUGUAUAUUAUUUUGCUGUGCCAAUGCUUAAACUGUCAUGUAUUAUCAUGUCUAAUUUCGCCAAUAUAACCCUGUAACAACAAUGAAAAAAGUCAUGAAAUAGUCGUCAUCGUUUUCUGCAUUUCCUGUAAAAUCCGCUUGGAGUGCUCUUUCGUAGUGCGGUCAGUAACGCCUCUAGCGGUUUGAGACAGGACUGUAACCAAUGUCUCGAGUUGCUUCAUAUACUAGUAUAUACAUAUACAGACCGUCAUUUUGUCUUGUUAUUGAGCUGACUGUGUGGAAUACUUGCGUGGAACCAUUGCUUAUGUAAAUUCUGAACGUUGCAUACUUCUACAAUGUUAAAUGAUAUUGUUGUGAUUUUCUUUGAAACAAUGUAUUUGUAGACGAAAUUGUUAAAACAUUAUUAUCUCA